UUGUCUCUGUUUAUAUUAGGAAAGAUGUAAAUGUUUGGUUACACUCGAUCAUCAUGCAACUCUGAUACCAACUGUGUUGCUCCCGAGCACAACUGCAUUUCAAUAGACAAGAUGCAAUUUAUCAGCAGUAAACAGAGCUGAGCAAUGAAUAGUGCCAGUGAUUGUUUAUAAAAGCUGUCAGCUGCAAAGCUCCUGACAACCUGAUCUCACCAAAGAGGGUGACGAGUCAACAAUAGGGUUUGCGAACGGCUUUGGGAAAUGUAAUCAGUGAUUUGGCAGUGGAUUAAGAAUUGCCCGAAUUACACAUCACACGGAUGAGAAAACACAUUAACCUGAUUCCAUCCUACUCCCCAAUGCUUUCUUGUCCAUUUGCCAGCUAACAGGAAAACUGGGGGUGUGCAGCUGCCCUUUACCAAGCUUGGGCGACUGCUGGGUGGAUGGGACCAGGGUCAGUUUGGUGGACAGGUGCGGUCUGGGUCAGUUUGGUGGACAGGUGCGGUCUGGGUCAGUUUGUGGACAGGUGCGGUCCGGGUUGAUUGGUGGACAGGUGCAGUCCAGGUCAGUUUGUGGACAGGUGCGGUCCGGGUUGAUUGGUGGACAGGUGCAGUCCAGGUCAGUUUGUGGACAGGUGCGGCCAGGGUCAGUUUGAUGGACAGGUGCGGUCUGGGUCAGUUGGUGGACUGGUGCAGUUCGGGUCGGUUGGUGGACAGGUGCGGUCUGGGUCGGUUGAUGAACAAGUGUGGUUUGAGUCAGUUGGUGGCCUGGUGCAGUUAGAAUCAGUUGGUGACCAGGUGCAUUUGUGGUCAGUUGAUGACCAGGUGCAGUUAGAGUCAUUUGCUGGACAGGGUCAGUUGUUGGCCAGGUGCGGUCAGGGUCAGUCGAUGGCCAGGUGCGGUCGGGGUCAUUUGCUGGACAGGGUCAGUUGGUGACCAGGUGCAUUUGGGAUCAGUUGGUGACCAGGUGCAGUUAGUCAUUUGCUGGACAGGGUCAGUUGUUGGCCGGGUGUGAUUAGGGUCAGUUGGUGACUGUUGGGUGAGCUCCUUCUGUCUUGCCUCACACCAACGUUAUCUGAAGAGCCGCCUGUGUCAAAAGCCGGGGUGUGGAUGUCGCGGCUCCCAAGUCUGAGAGAGCGAGAAGAGAGAGCCAGUGCUCCCAGUUGUACUGUCAAAGAUCUCACUGUGCUGAAGGCGAGCCGGCAGCGCCUGCCACCACACGCAAACUGAGCUCAAAGCUCGGCUGGUUUAAAGAACUAAAGCGGGAGAGGAGCGGCACAUUCAGCAGAGGCGUGGAGGGUGUCGAGUUGUUAUUGUGUAGCGGGGUGAGGAUCAGAGAGGAUGAGCCGGUGGCUGAAGGACAUCCCUUCACCCCGGGCACCAGCGGUACACACACCGCAGCCGGCCGGCGCAGCCCAGGACACAACGCGCCCACUCUGAAGACAAUCCUUCCUUUGUAAUCAGAAGAUUCCACCAAAAAUCUGCUGAAGAACCGUCCUUCUUGGAGAAAUUUGGAAGUGCAGGAUACAGAUUAUUUGUGAAGUUCCACACUGGAACUACAUCAUUCUAGUAUCACUAGUGCACUGGAAAGAGCAAGGCUAUUUUAUCCAGACGAGUGGGAGAUUGAACACAAAAGAAUAAAAGACUGUCUCUCGUGUUGCCUUCCAUCAAUUGAAAGCCAUUUGAUACUGUUGUUUAACAUCGAUUAUUAGGAGGGAAACAAUUCUCUAGAAUGAUGCAUUUUGAUUGAGAUGAGUGCACCCUCUGUUCUGCACAUCGGUCUCGCUCACAGUCUGCUUCUCGAUCAUCACAGCUCAACAUGUUGUUUCAGCAAUAUGGUUUGAGUAUGCUCCCUCAGCCGCACCUUGCUGACUUUGUGCCAGUUAAUUGAGAGUUGAAAAGCUUAAUUGCUGAUUCUUAUGUGGCAAGACGCAAUGAGGAGGAGACGGUAUUUGCUUAACAGAACUGACGAUGUCCCAGUUAAACAAAAGUCAACCGACUGGCUCUAUGAGUCGUAUUACUGCAUGAGCCAGCAGCAUCCCCUGAUUGUUUUCUUGCUUCUGAUUGUGAUGGGAGCCUGUUUAUCACUACUCGCUGUCUUCUUUGCUUCAGGGCUGGAUAUCGAAGAUCAUGUGGCUUUCCUCAUAACCGUUCCAACUGCCUUGGCUAUAUUCUUCACAAUUUUUGUUCUGGCCUGCAUGGAGUCUGUAUUCCGAAAGCUACUGCACGUGUUUUCCCUUGUAGUUUGGGCAUGUCUAGUUGCUAUGGGUUACCUCUUCAUGUGUUUUGGUGGGAUCAUUUCCCCAUGGGAUCAGGUAUCCUUCUUUUUAUUCAUUAUUUUUGUGGUCUACACAAUGCUGCCCUUUCGUAUGCGAGAUGCUGUAGUGGCCAGUGUGUUGACAUCGUCCUCCCAUACCAUUGUGCUGAGUGUCUCCCUAUCAGCCACAUCUGUCAUAAAGGAACAUUUGGUCUGGCAGAUCUUGGCCAAUGUCAUCAUUUUCAUCUGUGGAAAUCUGGCAGGAGCCUAUCAUAAGCAUCUGAUGGAACUUGCUCUGCAGCAAACAUAUCAAGAUACAUGCAACUGCAUUAAAUCGCGUAUCAAGCUGGAAUUUGAAAAGCGUCAACAGGAACGUCUCCUACUGUCAUUGCUUCCUGCACAUAUUGCCAUGGAGAUGAAGGCUGAAAUCAUUCAACGAUUACAAGGACCUAAGUCUGGUCACUGUCAGCUAGAAAAUACAAAUAACUUUCACAAUUUGUAUGUGAAGAGGCACACAAAUGUGAGUAUAUUGUAUGCUGAUAUUGUGGGGUUCACACGCCUGGCCAGUGAAUGUUCACCUGGGGAGCUUGUGCACACACUCAACGAAUUAUUUGGCAAGUUUGAUCAAAUUGCAAAGGAAAAUGAUUGUAUGAGGAUCAAGAUUCUGGGAGACUGCUACUAUUGUGUCUCUGGUUUACCAAUAUCCCUGCCAAACCAUGCUAAAAACUGUGUGAAAAUGGGCUUGGAUAUGUGCGAAGCCAUAAAGAAGGUAAGAGAUGCCACAGGAGUUGAUAUAAACAUGCGUGUGGGAGUUCAUUCAGGGAACGUUCUAUGUGGUGUCAUCGGAUUACAGAAAUGGCAGUAUGAUGUCUGGUCACACGAUGUUACCCUUGCGAAUCACAUGGAAGCAGGAGGUGUUCCAGGUCGUGUGCAUAUUACAUCAAUCACACUGGAGCAUUUGAAUGGUGUGUAUAAAGUGGAGGAAGGUAAUGGACAUAUCAGAGAUCCCUACCUAAAGGAACAUAACAUCAGGACCCACCUGGUGAUUAACCCAAAGGCAGAGAGACGUAGCCCACAGCAUCACUUUAGACAUCGGCACACAGCAGAUGGAGCCAAGAUGAGAGCUUCUGUCAGAAUGACCAGAUACUUGGAAUCGUGGGGAGCAGCAAAACCCUUUGCACACUUACACCAUCGAGACAGUAUGACAAAUGAAAAUGGCAAAAUCAAUACAGUUGACAUGCCUAUGGUUCGAUACCAUUUCCACCGAUGCACAGAAAGAACAAAGUCACAAAAAAGGAGAUUCGAGGAGGAAUUAAAUGAAAGAAUGAUCCGAGCUAUUGACGGAAUUAAUUCACAAAAACAAUGGCUAAAAUCUGAUGACAUUCAAAGAAUUUCACUUUUCUUUCACAAUCAAGAAUUGGAAAAAGAGUAUCGAGCAACUCCACUUCCAGCCUUCAAGUACUAUGUCACCUGUGCUUGCCUCAUAUUUUUCUGCAUCUUUGUUGUUCAGAUUUUGGUGUUGCCAAAAACGCCUGUUCUUGGGAUUUCAUUUGGAAUUGCUUUCCUCAUUCUCGUUUUCAUCCUCUUCACCUGUUUUGCUGGUCAGCUUCUGCAAUGUAGCAAGAAGGCUUCAGCUUCCUUGUUGUGGAUUUUGAAAUCGUCUGAGAUAAUUACUAAUAGACCUUGGCCACGUCUUACACUCACAAUGACUACUACCGCAGUUAUAUUAGUUAUGGCUAUAUUUAACAUGUUUUUCUUGAAGAACUCAGUAGUAUCUUCUGUCUCUGUGAACAACACAAAUGCCAGUUCACAGUUUAUAAAUGGACAAGCUCUGUGGUUUGUGCACAAUGACUAUUUCUUCCUGCCAUACUUCCUGUACAGCUGUAUUUUGGGAUUGAUGUCAUGUUCUGUGUUCCUGCGAAUAAACUAUGAGCUGAAAAUGCUGCUGAUGCUGAUUGCUGUGGUGGUUUACAACGUGAUUCUUCUGCAAACGCACGCCUCACUCUUUGAUGAUUAUAGCAAAAUGCUGUACACAACUAUUCAGAUAGAAAGGCCUGGUGUGCUGAAGGAUCUGAAGACAAUGGGCUCUAUCUCUCUCUUUAUUUUCUUUGUCACUCUCCUUGUUCUGGCUAGACAGAAUGAAUAUUACUGCAGGUUAGACUUCCUGUGGAAGAACAAAUUCAAAAGAGAAUGUGAGGAGAUAGAAACCAUGGAAAACCUCAACAGAGUGUUGUUGGAAAAUGUGCUUCCUGCUCACGUGGCUGAACAUUUCUUGGCUCAGAAUUGGAAAAAUGAAGACCUUUACCAUCAAUCGUAUGAGUGUGUCUGCGUCAUGUUUGCAUCUAUCCCAGAUUUCAAAGAAUUCUACACUGAAUCAGAUGUAAAUAAAGAAGGACUGGAAUGUUUACGGUUACUGAAUGAAAUCAUUGCUGACUUUGAUGAUUUGUUGUCCAAGCCUAAGUUCAGCGGAGUAGAAAAAAUUAAAACUAUUGGGAGCACAUAUAUGGCUGCAACUGGGUUGAGUGCUGCAACAGUUCAGGAGUACAGCCAAGAGGCAGACAGACAGUACACACAUAUUGGAACCAUGCUGGAGUUUGCUUUUGCACUCAUGAUAAAGCUUGAUGUGAUUAACAAGCAUUCUUUCAAUGACUUUAAGCUCCGUAUUGGUAUUAACCAUGGUCCUGUUAUUGCUGGAGUAAUUGGAGCUCAGAAACCACAGUACGAUAUUUGGGGAAAUAGUGUCAAUGUGGCCAGCAGGAUGGACAGCACAGGAGUUCUUGGCAAGAUACAGAUCACAGAAGAAACAAGUAACAUCUUACAAACACUUGGCUACAACUGUACAUGCAGAGGAAUUAUAAAUGUCAAAGGGAAAGGAGAACUUAAAACAUACUUUGUAAACACAGAAAUGACACGAUCACUAUCGCAAGGAAAUAUGGUGACCUGAAAUACCGAAAGCUCUAUGUCAAUGAAUAAAUGUUCAGCAGCCAAGUAAGACAAGCCUCUGAAGGAGUGAUCUCAAGUAAUACCACUUGUACAUAGGUUUGAUUCUCUCCUUAGCUGCACAUACAUUGCCUAUGUUUUGGAAAUGUAGAGCUAUUAUUAUCUAAGUUCAUCCAAUUUAGAAACAUCCAUAUGUGCUGUGGACAGCUUAUUUGCUUCAAUUGAGCAAACUAAUUGAAUCACGUACAAAACCCGAGAAUGCUGGAAAUACUCAGCAGGUCAGGCACCAUACGUGAAGAGAGAAACGGUUAAUGUUUCAAGUCAAUGGACUUUCAUUAGAGUUCUGAUUCUCUCUCCUUCGAUGCUGCUUGAGCAGUUCCAACAUUCUCAGUUUUUAUUUCAGUUUUUCAGCAUCUACAGAUUUUUGCUUUUGGAAAUGAAUUACUUACAAGGACCUGUUUUUAAAAUGUGUCUUGCAUUGUUACAUUGUUUUAUAAUAACUUAU